AUGUCGUACAGAGACCCCGCCACGGCGCUUGAGUUCCUCAAGACUUUCGAAGAGAGAGAUGGGCUGUCUGCAGAACAGCUUAUGGACUCCAAGACUAGAGGUGGGCUUACAUACAACGACUUUUUGAUUUUGCCCGGCAAAAUCGAUUUCCCAUCUUCUCAGGUCAGUCUGCAGACCAAGAUCACCAAGAAUAUCACACUUAACACGCCGUUCGUGUCCUCUCCUAUGGACACCGUUACUGAGAGCGAGAUGGCCAUCCACAUGGCUUUGCUGGGUGGCAUCGGUAUAAUUCACCACAACUGCUCUGGUCAAGAGCAAGCCGAGAUGGUCAGAAAAGUGAAAAAAUUCGAAAACGGUUUUAUUAACUCUCCUGUGGUUGUUGGUCCAUCCACGACCGUUGGCGAGGCCAAGCGCAUGAGAGAGCAAUUUGGCUUUGCCGGAUUCCCUGUUACUGAAUCUGGUACUCUACCUGGCAAGCUUGUCGGUAUCAUCACUUCUCGUGACAUUCAAUUCAUUGAAGACGACACCCGUGAAGUGUCUGAAGUGAUGACCAAAGAUUUGGUCACUGCUAAGGUUGGUGUGACCCUUUCUCAAGGUAAUGAUAUCUUGAAAAGCACAAAGAAAGGUAAACUGCCAAUCAUUGAUGAGAGCGGUAACCUCGUUUCCAUGUUGUCUAGAACUGACUUAAUGAAAAACCAGAAUUAUCCCUUGGCCUCGAAAUCUGACACUACUAAGCAAUUGCUAUGUGGUGCGGCUAUUGGAACAAUCGAAGCCGACAAAGAGAGACUAGCCCUUUUAGUUGAAGCCGGUCUAGAUGUCGUUGUUGUGGAUUCUUCUCAAGGUAACUCUGUCUUCCAAAAGAACAUGAUCAAAUGGAUCAAGGAAACAUAUCCUGGCCUACAAGUUGUUGGUGGUAAUGUUGUCACCAGAGAGCAAGCCGCCUGUUUGAUUGAGGCUGGUGUCGACGGUUUGAGAAUUGGUAUGGGUUCUGGUUCUAUUUGCAUUACUCAGGAAGUCAUGGCUUGCGGUAGACCUCAAGGUACCGCCGUCUACAACGUCUGUAAAUUUGCCAAUCAAUUUGGCGUUCCUUGCAUGGCCGACGGUGGAGUUCAAAACAUUGGUCACAUUGCCAAGGCUAUAGCUUUGGGUGCAUCCUGUGUGAUGAUGGGUGGUAUGCUUGCUGGUACCACCGAAUCUCCAGGUGAAUACUUUUUCAGAGAUGGUAAGCGUUUGAAGACCUACCGUGGCAUGGGUUCUAUCGACGCUAUGGAGAAAACUGAUAAAAAGGGUAACGCCUCUACCUCGCGUUACUUUUCGGAGUCUGACAAGGUUUUUGUUGCCCAAGGUGUUUCCGGUUCUGUUGCAGACAAGGGCUCUAUCAAGAAGUUCAUUCCUUACCUUUACAAUGGUAUGCAACAUUCUUGUCAAGACGUCGGCGUUAAGUCUUUGACUGAAUUGAGAACUCAGGUUGACAGUGGUGUGGUCAGAUUUGAGUUCAGAACCGCUUCUGCUCAACUAGAAGGUGGUGUCCACAACCUGCACUCUUACGAAAAGCGUUUACACAACUGA